UCAAGUCUGGUUUAAUAUCUGUUCCUUUUCACUGGCACGUAAAAGGCAUGUAAAGAGGACUUGAAUUGAAUGCACAAUUCCUCGUCUUUACCCUUUAUCGCCUCAUGACUUUGCCAAACAUCUUUAAACAAGAACAAAGCUCUCAGAGAUUUCCUUGUAGCCUUUCCCCUGUGCCUUUUUCUCCUAUUUUUAUUUUACUGACGUUGCACAUGGCCUUUUUUCAGAAGACGAGAGUAGCUUCGCAUAUGCAGGGUACUAGUGUUUGUCGGCCUGACAACGUCUUCAUACUUGUGAUUUUCCUUGCUUUAGGACGGGAUUCCAGACUAAUCAAUAGUUGCUUCAAUUCAGAAAAGCAAAACCCUAACCGUACUCAAAAAUUUCAGACCAAGGAAUCCAGAUAAUACCAGAUGGGUCUUAAGAAAGCCGUGUUGCUGCGGGAUAAAAAGCCGCUUAAUCCGGGAUCGUUUUCGGGUCAUUUUAUUGAGCGCCGCCUCGCAGGGCUCAGAGCAGUUCCUGUUAAAUUGGACCAAUGGGGUCGCGCUGCGCGCUGCGGCCCUGCCCGCAGCCCGGGCCUACAUUUCCCCGCAGGCACUGCGGUGCGGGGCCGGCCGGCGGGAAGACUCCGUUACCCAGCGAGCGCGGCGGCGGCGCACGGCCCUAGGACUCCAUUUCCCGUCGGCCCGCGGAGGGAGCGCCGGAAGCCCGCCCCGCCCCUCAUUGUGCGGCUCCUACUAAACGGAAGGGGCCGGGAGAGGCCGCGUUCAGUCGGGUCCCGGCAGCGGCUGCAGCGCUCUCUUCUUCUGCGGCUUUCGGUGUCCUCUCCUUUUCGCUUCCGGAAACAUGGCCUCUGGUGUGGCUGUCUCUGAUGGAGUCAUCAAGGUGUUCAAUGACAUGAAGGUGCGUAAGUCUUCAACGCCAGAGGAGGUGAAGAAGCGCAAGAAGGCUGUGCUCUUCUGCCUGAGUGAGGACAAGAAGAACAUCAUCCUGGAGGAGGGCAAGGAGAUCCUGGUGGGCGAUGUGGGCCAAACUGUUGAUGACCCCUAUGCCACCUUUGUCAAGAUGCUGCCAGAUAAGGACUGCCGCUAUGCCCUUUAUGAUGCAACCUACGAGACCAAGGAGAGCAAGAUGUGUUUUAUCUUCUGGGCUCCUGAGUCUGCGCCCCUUAAGAGCAAAAUGAUCUAUGCCAGCUCCAAGGACGCCAUCAAGAAGAAGCUGACAGGGAUCAAGCAUGAAUUGCAAGCAAACUGCUACGAGGAGGUCAAGGACCGCUGCACCCUGGCAGAGAAGCUGGGGGGCAGUGCCGUCAUCUCCCUGGAGGGCAAGCCUUUGUGAGCCCCUUCUGGCCCCCUGCCUGGAGCAUCUGGCAGCCCCACACCUGCCCUUGGGGGUUGCAGUCUGCCCCCUUCCUGCCAGACCGGAGGGGCUGGGGGGAUCCCAGCAGGCGGAGGGCAAUCCCUUCACCCCAGUUG